GUGCGAUUGCAACUAUGCAUCUCUACCGCGGUGCGCAAAGCUACCAACGUCCUCCGAAGCAAAGCAAAAUUGCAUCGCAGAGGCAGUAUCGGGUCAAAGAGGGCGACGGGUUUCAAGAACUUAAAGACGUGAUCCGCUCGGUGACAGGGGAGACUCCCCAGACCAGGCGCGAAACCUUGAAGAAAGCUGCACAACUCCUGCAGGAUUUAUCGAGAGAACAUGGGGCAAUUUCUAGGCAUGAGCCGCUCCCGCCCUUGGAAUACUCGUCAGCAUCACCCUAUGAAGCUGACCAGCUCGUCGGCGACAGGAUCUCAUAG